UGGGGGGUUGGUUGCACAAAAAACCGCAAAGGCAAUAAAUGUGAACAACGCGUAUUUCCCUCUCUCUCUCUCUCUCUCUCUGCCCUUUUUAAGCCCGCCUCCUCAUACGUUCCACCCUUCAAGCCAAUCCCCCACAUUCACUCUCUGUCUCUCUCUCUCUCUCUCUCUCUCCACCACAUUUGAGAAAUCAGUUGAAAAAAAUUCAAUCCAAAGGUAUGCACCAGAGUGAUGAUCUUUGACAUUUUUGGAAGUUGAAUUUUGGUUUAAAAUACACAUAUACGUAUUUACACAUUUUUACGUAUAUUUUUGUAUCAAUAAAAUCAAGAUUUUGUAGAUUUCGAUCGAGUAUUGUACACUUCAUGUUCGUGUAUAUAUAUAUAUAUAUAUCUUUCGAUACGUUUCUCAGAAACUGAAUUUUACAUCUUUAUAGGCAGCUUUCCCUCGAGCCGCAGGGAAUUCUCGUUGAAUUCUCGCCUUCGGACCGCAAUCUGACAUCUAUGGCAUCGUCUUCAAUCUCGAAUCCCGAAGGCAAUUCGAAUCGAUUACGAGAAUUGAAGCCCGAAAAGCGAAGAAAAAUAGGGAUUGAAAAUCAAAUCGAAGUGGUCAAGGUCGAUAAAAAAGCAUGGAACACCGAGUCCGAGCAACAGAUCUACUCCGUGAAGCUUCUCGAAGCUCUCCGUCAAGUUCGCCGGAAUUCGUCUUCUCCGGCGACUUCUGCUCCGGUCGGCGGCCGCGCCAUUCGAGAAACGGCGGACCGAGUCUUGGCCGCCGCCGCCAAGGGGAGAACUCGGUGGAGCAAAGCGAUUCUCACGAGUCGACUCAGGAUGAAACUCAAUAGUAAUAGGCAUAAGAAGCUGAGGAAACUGAAAGUGACUGGCGAUAUCCGGUCAAAGAUGCCGGUGGCGAGGAAGAAGUUAACGGCUUUGCAGCGAAAAGUGCGGUUUCUUGGCCGGUUAGUCCCCGGUUGCCGGAAACUCUCGUUCCCGAACCUUCUAGAAGAAACCACGGACUACAUCGCUGCCCUGGAGAUGCAAGUCCGAGCCAUGACUACCCUCGCUGUGCUCCUCACCGGCGCCGAAAACUUAGAUCGGCAUGGCUCCAGUCUAUCCCAGCCUUAGCACAUGUUAUGCCAAUCUAUUUUUACCUUUUUUAAUCUUCAAUUUUUAGAUUUUUUUGACUUGUUAAAUUUACUGCAUUUUGUUGUAUACAUAGAAAUUGGUGCAGCUUGGUGUAACUGUUAAAAUAGAUUAUAACUUAUAACUUAAUAGAUUACAUAUUAUGAUUUUAA